AUGACCUACCGGUUUAGCUCACAGAGUGAAGAAAGAAGCCCGUUUGUGAGAAUCGGUCGGGUAUUCCUAAAUGCGGCUAGAAACUGGCGGAUUACCUCGGCUGAUAUAUCUAAGGAAGAGGAUGCUCAAGGUAUUCUGCCUUUUCAAGGCUCUCAACAGUUCAAGUUUCUUAAUAAAGCAUUGCUUGCACCUGAUGGUUCUGUGGAAGACGGGAAAGUCAGUAGUAUCUCUGAGAUUGAAGAGGCAAAGGCAGUUCUCAGGCUUGUUCCAAUAUGGACUACUUGCCUAGGAUAUGCCAUUAUAUAUGCACAAUCCUCCACUUUAUUCACCAAGCAAGGAGUUACAAUGGAUCGCCAUAUCACGUCUAGACUACAAAUACCAGCUGCUUCAUUUCAAUCUUUUGUUAGUGUUGGUGUUGUUGUCUUUAUUCCAAUUUAUGACCGUAUUGUGGUUCCAAUUGCAAGAUCGAUAACCGGGAAACCCGCUGGCAUAACAAUGCUUCAACGAAUUGGAAUUGGAAUAAUUUUAUCUUUUCUUUCCAUGGUAAUUGCAGCUUCAGUUGAGAGGGAACGUUUGAAAAUUGUUGUCGAAUAUGGACUGGUGGAUCUGCCAAAUGCAACAGUGCCAAUGAGUGUGUGGUGGCUACUACCUCAGUAUCUGCUUUUCGGAAUUGCAGAUGUAUUCACCUUAAUUGGGCUCCAAGAAUUCUUCUACGACCAAGUUCCAAAGGAACUAAGGAGUAUUGGUCUUGCUCUAUACCUUUCUAUAUUUGGCAUAGGGAGCUUCUUGAGUAGCUUUCUUAUCUCUGUGGUGGAGAAAGCCACCAGUGGCCCGGGUCAAGAUGGUUGGUUUUCGGACAACCUUAAUCGGGCUCAACUGGACUACUUCUAUUGGCUGUUAGCCGCGCUUAGUGCUGCUGCACUCGCUGCCUACUUCUACUUUGCAAAAUCUUACAUCUAUAAUCGAAGUAAUAGUCUUUGA